GAUUUUUUCUCAACUCGAUAACGAUAAUAUUUUGUAGCUGAUUGCUUGCUGCUGGUGGCUGAUUGAAGGUGGGAAGGUAGGAACUGGGGUAUAUAGAGUGAUCAUGCGUGAUCAUGCGUGAUCAUCCAGGAAAUGAUGCGUGUGAUCUGCAGACUGCAGGUGGUCCGUGAUUGCGGACUCCUUUGAUACCUAUCACUAUCGGUUUCUGUGAUUUCCAGAAUUUCUUUGAUUUUUAUCCAGCUGAACCAAAGGCAACAAGAUGGGAAUCUUGGAGAAGAUUGCCGAAAUUGAAAGAGAAAUUGGUCGUACCCAGAAAAAUAAAGCGACCGAGUACCAUCUGGGACUGCUAAAGGCCAAGCUCGCCAAAUACCGCACGCAGCUGCUCGAGCCGCAGGGCAAAAAGGGCGAGAAGGGAGAGGGCUUCGACGUGCUCAAGUCCGGCGACGCGCGUGUGGCCCUCAUCGGCUUCCCGUCUGUCGGAAAGUCAACGCUGCUGAGCACGCUGACCAAGACGCAGUCUGAGUGCGCCAGCUACGAGUUCACCACGCUCACCUGCAUCCCGGGAGUCAUCGACUACAACGGCGCCAACAUCCAGCUGCUCGACCUGCCCGGUAUCAUCGAGGGCGCCGCGCAGGGAAAGGGACGCGGUCGCCAGGUGAUAGCCGUGGCGCGGACCGCCGACCUCGUCAUCAUCAUGCUGGACGCCACCAAAUCGGAGGUGCAGCGAGAGCUCCUGGAGAAGGAACUCGAGGCGGUCGGCAUACGGCUCAACAAACCCAAGCCGGGUAUCUACUACAAACAGAAAAAGGCCGGCGGCAUCCACUUCAACUCGACCUGCGCGCUUACCAAAGUCGACGAGAAGCUUGUGCAGCUCAUCCUACACGAGUACAAAAUAUUCAAUGCUGAGGUGAUUUUCCGCGAGGACGCUACGGCCGACCAGCUGAUUGACACCAUCUCCGACAACCGGGUCCACCUGCCCUGCCUCUACGUCUACAACAAGAUCGACCAGAUCAGCAUCGAGGAGGUGGACCGGCUGGCGCGGCAGCCCAACUCGGUGGUUGUCAGCUGUAAUAUGAAGUUGAAUCUGGACUACCUGCUGUUCACCAUGUGGGAAAUGCUGGCACUGAUCCGCAUCUACACCAAGAAGCCCGGCAAGCACCCGGACUUUGGCGACGCCAUCAUCAUGCGGCGGGGCAGCACUGUGGAGCACGUCUGCCACUCCAUUCACAGGAGUAUAGUGGCCGUCUUCAAAUACGCGCUCGUCUGGGGCCGGAGCACCAAAUACAGUCCCCAGCGGGUCGGUCUGGCGCACGUCGUUGAAGACGAGGAUGUCAUUCAGGUGGUCAAGAAGUGAGAGGACGCGGGGGACAGAGGAAGAGGGAGGGAGGCAGAGGGGCUCGGGGACGGGGCGCCGAGCGGCGAGCGGUCACGGUUGGUUCGUUCGGCGUGUGAUGGGACCGGUCCGGUCUGCACUGUCUGCUGUGGAUAUGUGAGUCUGUGAGUUUGUAUUUGACUGUCAGUGAUGGUGGAGUGUAUGCAAUCAAUGAGUGCAGUCGGUAUCUGGUGUGGAAGCCUGACCCCGCCGUGUGGCUCGGCGCCGCGGCGCCCCGUCCUCGGCCGUCCCCGGUGACAAUAUCGGCCAGCGCCCGGGCGUCGGUCGCCCCGGUGACGGUCCCUGGGGGUGGGCUGCGCUCCCGAGUGGCCGAAAGGGGUGGGCGCGGGCGGUGAGACCGACCGUGUUUGUUUCUAUCUGAAGUGUUAUAUUGUGAACUGCGGAGCGGAUGUCUAUAGGUCAAUAAAUAUCCUGACCGAGCA